UCAACCUGAAGUCCAGCACUUACUCGUAAAUGAUAGAGCAACAACGUCAACGCGUAGAACGCGCUAUUUCCAACAUGAUCAAUGAAAUGUAUUCAAGUCAUUUACGUAAAAUGCAGUCCGAAAUGCAUAUGUGUGCAUCUAAAUGUUGUGAUGAUCAACGUGGUACUUUGGACUCCGUGCAGUCUUGCAUUGAGGGGUGUGCAGUUCCGCUUACUAAAGCCCAAGAUUACUUGCAGCAUGAGUUGGGCCAAUUUCAAGGGCGCUUGCAGAAUUGUGUGAUGAAAUGCAGCGAAGAUGCUCGACAGAGGAUGUCACCGAGUCCCGGGACUGUAGAGCUAUCAAAAUACCAGUAUCAAUUUGAAAAUUGCACUGUGUCCUGCGUUGACAGACACAUUGGACUCAUACCAACUAUGAUGAAGACCAUUAAGGCUGUAUUGGAGAAAGGUCCUAACGCUAUACCUCAGGUGUAGAAUAUCGCAAUACUUUGGAGUGAUGUUUUUAAAUUGCGCGAAGAAUAAAAACAUAAAUAUUUCGCAA